AUGGCUUCCGGAGAGCGAGGAGAAAACUUAAGCGAGGAGGCAAUUUGUCAAUUUCUUGACUUCUUCACAGAUCCGGUCAUGCCGGAAUGUGGGCACAACUUCUGCCGCUCCUGUAUCACCCAGUUUUGGGAAAAGAAGGAGAUAAACUCGUGCCCGGAAUGUCGGGAGCUACUUCCAGAGAGAAACCUCAGGCUAAAUCUUGCUGAGAAAGCUCGCAGAUUAAAUUUGAGUCCAAAGGAGAAGGAAAAUAACCUUCGCUGUGAGGACCAUCAAAAAGAACUGAAGCUCUUUUGUGAAACUGACAAAAAAUUGCUCUGUGUAAUUUGUGUCGUUGGGCAAAAAUACAGAGAACACAAAUUGCUGCCGAUUAAAGAAGCUGUUGAAGUCUACAAGAUAAAAGUGAAAUGUUCCAUAAAUUCUCUCUUGGAGGAGAAAUCGACUUUUGUAGAAACGGAACUGAAACAUAUACGGAAGAUUUCUGAAAUUAAAGAACAGGCGAGCAGUCUGCAGACCCACAUCACAUCCGAGUUUACUAAAUUGCAUCAGUUUCUUACUGAGAAGGAACAGCGUUUAAUCAUUGAUCUCAGGCAAGAAGAGGAGAGGAUUCUAGAAGCAAUGGAGAAAAACCUUCGUGAAAUUCAAGAUAAUAUUAAUUCUAUUGAAGAGAAGCUCUCACGUUUGCAGAAACGGUUGGAUCAAAAAGACGAGAUGACGUUUCUGAAGGAGGAAUCUUAUCGGACGAAAAGGAUCAGCAAUGGCCAACAAGAACUCUCAACAGCAGAUGAAGCUCUGUCUAUUGGAAAGUUCAAUGGCCCUUUACAGUACACAGCUUUAAGAGAAAUGAUGGAUGACAUUAACCCAGCCUCUCUGACCCUGGAUCCGAACACAGCGCAUCCCCGGCUCAUCCUGUGUGAGGACCGGACCAGUGUGAGACUCGGAGACAAACCGCAGCCGCUCCCUGACUCCCCGGAAAGAUUUGAUCCCUGGCCGUGUGUCCUGGGAUCAGAGGGAUUUACAUCAGGGAGACAUUACUGGGAGGUGGAGGUGGGGGAGAAGACAGAGUGGAUCCUGGGAGUGGCCCGAAAGUCUGUGGAGAGGGAUGAGAUUGACCUGAACCCGGAAACCGGAUUCUGGAUUGUGUGGCUGUAUCCCGGAGAUGGUUAUUUAGCCGUCACCUCUCCCUCACGGAUCCCCCUCUUCCUGCGUUUGAAUCCCCGGAAGAUCGGGGUUUUCCUGGACUAUGAGGGUGGACAGGUGUCAUUUUACAAUGCGGACACCAUGUCCCAUCUCCACACUUUCACCCACACUUUCACUGAGAGGCUGUUUCCCUUCUUCGAUCCGGGAAUGAACGAUGACGGGAAAAACUUUGCUCCGCUGACAAUCCGCCAGCUGUAAACUGAUUGGGGUUGGUCUCA